AUGGCUAACCCCUCUUCUGUUGUGGUCGCCCUUGUCAUCGCCGUGCUGACCCUGUGGUACGUGGUGAACACCCGGUCGCAGAGUCUACAAAAGUCCUCGCGGCUUCUCAAACUUCCCCUCAUUGGGGAUCUGCAUCGCUCCCCGAUCGAGAAACCCCUGGUAAACUGGGACGCCUGGGCCAAGCAGAAUGGCCCCAUUGCGGUUCCCCGGCUGUUUGGAAUCAUUCCCAUCGUGGUCCUAAACACCUUGGAGGCAGCGACCGAAUUGUUCAGUCGCCGCAGCCAGUGGUACAGUAAUCGGCCGGCCUCGGUCAGCAUGGAGAUGAUUACGGGCGCCGAGCCCGGCCAGUCGCGAUUUACUCUGAUGCACGACUAUGACGAGCACCUCAAGCUCCACCACCGCAUCCUGGCUCCCAGUCUCGGGGUUCCCGCUGCCUCUAGGUACCAGCCGUUGAUGGAGCUGGAAUGCAAGCAACUGCUGUUCGACCUGUGCAAUGCCUUGCGACAACGCUCCGACGGCACAAUCAGCACCACCGCCAUAUACCCGCUCCUGGAACGCACGCAGUCAAGCAUCAUCCUGGCGUUGCAUUACGGCCUGCGCGUUCCAGGCUCCGAGGAUGGCCUGUUGCACGAGAUCGUCGCUACCCAAGCGCAGGUGACGCACCUUGCCGCCAAUCCCGGCUUGCCAGAUCUCGUUCCACCUUUGCGUCACCUCCCCUCGGUCCUAUCUCCCUGGAAGCGCGCGGCAGACAAGCUCUUCGAAGCCCAGGUGUCCCUCUAUAUGCGUCUCUUCCGACAGGGGAGAGACGCGGUGGGCUGGAACGCCACCAAGCAAGCCAUCUCGACGGCACAGAAGUACACCCCCGUGCCGGACCUUGACCUCGCCUUCACCCUUGCCACAUCCAUUCAAGGGGGAAUGGAGACCUCGCCACGCCAACUGCUGUGGUUAUUCAUUGCAAUGCUGCACCGCCCACAUAUCCUGACCCGCGCUCACGCUGCCCUGGAUGCCGUGGUCGGGCGAAACCGUGCCCCCCGGUUUUCGGAUCGUGCGAGUCUCCCGUUUAUCGAUGCCAUUGCGCACGAAAUCCUCCGGUGGCGUCCCAUCACCCCGGGCUCUAUCCCGCGUCGCGCAGACCGGGACGACAGGUAUCAGGGAGUGGAGAUUGCCAAAGGUGUCACCAUCAUGGCAAAUGCCUGGGCCAUCGGGCGGGACCAGUCAGUCUUCGAUCCAUCCCUGGGAGACCUCAAUGACUUCGUGCCGGAAAGGUGGCUGCAAUCGGACGAUAGCAACGGACAGGAAAAGCUCCGGACAGUCCUCCCCUUGCCGGUGUUCGGACAGGGCCGACGGAUCUGCCAGGGGAAACGCGUUGCUACGGACGGCAUGUUCUUGCAGGUGGCCCACUUGCUCUGGGCUUUCGAUAUCCAGCCGUCGAAUGGAGGGGGGGUGGAUCCCUGGGCCAUGAGGGUGGUGGGAUUCAUGACGAUGCCCCAGGAGCUGGAUGUGAGGCUGCAACCACGCGGACCUGGAAUCGAAAAGGUGAUUCGGGAAGAGUGGGAGACGGCCGAGAAGAGGCUAGAUAAGGUAAUGGGGGUGAUGGCGGACGUGGAGCGGGAUUAUGCAGUGGAUAAAUGCUAG